AUGUUAAAAACAUGUCCCAAGUUGAUACUGAUACAUCGUUACGCUGCCCGCGUGGAUACGCAGGAUCGGUACAAACUCUACUUCUAUUCCCUCGAAGAUAACAACAACACUCUUAUUCGUGCACUGAAACUGGUUGAUUGGGACUACUCGUGGAAAAUAUAUGCAUGCCAUUCAAAGCACUGGGCCGCGUUUUGUGAAGUUCAGGAAAAGCAUAGUAUAGAGCUGCAGUGGAAAACAAUCACCGAAACACGAUACAUGAGCAAAGAACAAGCACUGUUGAUCAAUAUCGAACUUCCUGCUGGAGUUCGCCUGGGUACUGUGUCGGCCGAGCAUGUUCCAACGAUUAACAAAAUAUGGCCCCACAUGACCAUCGGAACAGAGUUUGCUAUCAAACGCCUUAUUUUGUGGAACGAAUCCGUUGCCCUGUUCGACGAGUCCUCUAAUGAGCUGUUGGCCUGGUGUUUACAGCUUAUGACUGGAGCGCACGGUGUCCUCCAGGUUCCUAUCGAACACAGCCGCAAAGGCUACGGUACAAUUAUCGCCAAAGCUAUGGCCAAGAAGCUCGCCAAAAUGGGACAUAAUUCCUACGCAUACGUCACGGACACUAACGAACCUUCUAGAGCGUUGUUUGACAAAAUAGGCUUUCAGAACGUAGGCACUAUGUGCUGGGCUCGUACUGUUCCGCGGAAACUCGUCGAAUGGGAUCACUAG